AACUUGACGAAGCUAAACUGAUUUUUUUAGUUCAGUGUGCUCUGACCAACUUCCGCUCUUUCUGACCGAACUCACCUAGCAAAAUGCAGCAAAAGAGACGUGAACCUAUUCACGCUGUUCAAGUUUUCGGACGCAAAAAAACUGCUACCGCAGUGGCUUAUUGCAAGCGUGGUCGCGGUCUCCUUCGAGUCAAUGGACGUCCUCUGGAUAAUAUUGAACCCAAAGUAUUGCAGUACAAAUUGCAAGAACCCCUAUUGUUGCUGGGCAAGGAAAAAUUCGCCGGUGUCGAUAUCCGUGUUCGUGUGAGCGGUGGUGGUCAUGUUGCACAAAUCUACGCCAUCCGUCAAGCUAUCUCGAAGGCUUUGAUCGCUUUUUAUCAAAAGUACGUUGAUGAAGCAUCCAAGAAAGAAAUCAAAGAUAUUUUGAUUCAAUACGAUAGAACGCUUUUGGUCGGUGACCCACGUCGUUGUGAACCUAAAAAAUUCGGAGGUCCAGGAGCCCGUGCCCGCUACCAAAAAUCUUACCGUUAAGAAUUCAUUUCAUACGAACUUUGUUUUUAUAUUGAUGUCAACAUUCUUUAUUAACGGCUAUUAAAAGUAAUAAGAAAAAAUUAACAAA